AUGGGUGUUCCGGCUAUUGUGGGUCAGUCUAAGCGAGAUGUUUUUCAUUUUUUACUGGAUCGGGUGCAAGACCGGUUGUCUUCGUGGAAAGCGAAUACUUUAUCUAGUGGUGAGAAAGAAGUGUUGGUUAAAGCGGUGCUCAGUGCUUUGCCUACGUAUGUUAUGUCUUCUUUCCGUCUUCGUCGUAUGUUAUGUUUAGAGUUAAUGAAAAAGAUUCGUUCCUUCUGGUGGUGCAAUUCCGGUAAGGAUCGUUCCAAUCACUGGGUUCAUUGGGAUUUGUUAUGCCGGCAUAAGAAAUUUGGUGGGCUUGGUUUCCAGGAUUUUGAGGCAUUUAAUUUAGCAUUGCUAACUAAGCAUGCUUGGAAUCUUCAGUUACAUAUUAGUCGUUGGGAUAAACCGGAUACUUUGAUUUGGGCACCUGAGCGGAAUGGGUCUUUUUCUGUUCGCUCUGCUUAUGCUCUUGCACGAUCCUUUUCUGAUCCUAGGGCAGCUUCUUCGGACGGUUUUCAUUGGCGUGUGGUUUGGAGGUGUGCUACUCUCUCUAAGAUCCAGCAUUUUCUUUGGCGGUGCUGUCAUAAUGCAUUGCCUACUGGUUUGUCGUUAUUGUGGAGGGGGUGUGUGGAUUCUCUUUUAUGUUCACGGUGUGGGAUGGAAGAGGAAUCGCUGGUCCAUCUUUUUUUCCGGUGCUCUCAUUCUGUUCAGGUAUGGAGGCUAUCACCAUUUCACCUUGAUUUCUCUUCUGUGUCAUUCCACUCCUUUUUGGAUGGCUGGAGUUUUUUUAUAUGGUGGGCUUCUACGUCUCCGGAUCAAUCCUUGGCUCUAGGGUUAAUGUCCUUUUGUGCGUGGUUUAUUUGGAAAGCGCGCAAUCAUCGGGUGUUCCAUGGCCUGUUAUGGAGUCUGGUGCAGGUGGCGGCUAAAGCAGUUGCUAACUUUUGGGAGUUUCAGGAUGCUCGGUCACUAUGUUCUUCCUUGGCUUCCUCUGAUAGCCCAUCCUCUGCGAGGUGUUGGGUUCCACCUGCUGAAGGGAUGGUUAAGUGUAACUUCGAUGCUAGCUUCUCUUCGCAGUCUUCCCGUGGUAGUGGAGGUGCUGUGUUUCGGGAUUGUCGGGGUCAUAUUCUUCAUGCUGUUGUUUUUCGGCCUUUCCUUGCUUCUUCGGCAUUGAUGACUGAAGCAUAUGCUUGUCUCCGUGCAAUCUUUUGGGCUUCUUCUUUUGGGUAUCAACGCUUAUGUUUUGAGUCUGACGCUAAGGGUGUGGUUGACGCUGUUCAAGAUGCUUCGAGUUGCCCAUUUGAAAUUGCAUCGAUUUGUUUUGAUAUUCGCAUGGACCUUCAGUCUUUCGCUGUUGCUUCUUUGGAGCAUGUUCGUUGUUUGGGCAAUCAAGUAGCUCAUGAUCUUGCUAUGCUGUCUCGAGAUCUUUUCCUUGUUGAUCAGGAGCUGUUUUCACUCCCGCCACACAUUUCUGCUUCUGACUUUGGAUGCCAUGUGAUCAAGUCGUCGAUGGCGUCACCACUGUCUAAACAUCUGGAUUUCUUAUGCGGUUCAUCUGGAUCGGCCGGUAACGAGGGAACGAAUGAGAAUCAGUGA